UGCUAAUCAAAAAAAUAUUGCAGUAAUGAACCAGAUUCUAUUAUUAAUCAUUGGGUUUACCGCUGCUUUCGCAGCCGACACCCCCAGCAAAGCGAAAGGACCCAAAGUCACCGAUAAGGUUUGGUUCGACAUCGAACAAAAUGGCAAGCAAUUAGGACGAAUUGUUAUCGGUCUAUUUGGCAAGACAGUUCCGAAAACAGCCGAGAAUUUCAUUCAGCUUGCUAAAAAACCUAAGGGAGAAGGCUACGUUGGCAGCAAAUUCCACCGGGUAAUUUCGGAAUUCAUGAUACAAGGUGGAGAUUUUACCAAAGGAGAUGGAACUGGUGGACGGUCCAUUUAUGGCGAGAAAUUCCCCGAUGAAAACUUCAAGCUCAAACACUACGGAGCUGGUUGGGUAUCAAUGGCAAAUGCUGGUAAAGACACCAAUGGAAGUCAAUUUUUCAUCACUUGUAAAAAAACACCAUGGCUGGAUGGUCGACACGUUGUUUUUGGAAAGGUGUUGACUGGCAUGGAUGUUGUCCGCGCCAUAGAAACAGUACCGAAGGGUCCGAACGAUAAGCCUUUGGAAGACGUCAUUAUUGUCGCAGCCGGUCAUGAAGUCGUUGAAGCGCUAUUCUCUGUUGAAAAGGGGGAUGCUAUUUAGAUGUUGAGAUUUAAAUUAAGUACUGCCUUUUAUAUGCUUUUGUAAUUUACUGUGAUCUAAUAAUGAUAUGUGAUAAAUUAUCAAGAGAUGUGCAAUAAAUUAUUUUCUUGAACGAA